GUGAGAAACAAACGCAGCAAGUGUCGCAUAUUCCAAAUUUUUGUUAUGAUUUUCAUAUUAAAAUUAAUAUUACAUAGCAAUUUCUACGUAUAUUAAGAAUAAAUAUGAAUAUUACACGUAUACAUUUAGUGUUAUGUAUACACAUCGUAUGCAAUUACAAAACGACAAAAUAAUGAUCGUAUUAUUAUUAUUUAAUUCUAACUGUGUUAACGCUUAUAAUACAAUUUAUUUUUUUGACGUAUAAAUUAUUUUCUCGGAGAAACACAAGGGAGCACGUCGGUCGAAAUUGCUUUAACGUAUUCUGUUUAUUGAAAAGUGUUCAAAGUUAUGUCAUAACAUUUAGAUUUAAGUCGUAAUUAACAAAUUGUGGUGUCUACUUGACAUAACGAUUAAACUUAUUUCGUAAAUUAAUUUAUUUUAUUUUUUACAACGACACAAUGCAAAUAACUCGUUUCUACAAAUUGGAAUUGUUCUCAUUGAUCUUUCGAGGUUAUGGAACUCAAAGAUGCCAUAAUUACUACGAGAUAUUGGAAGUUUCGCCAAAUUGUUCGCAAAAAGAAAUAAGAAGUGCCUUUAUCGCAUUAUCGAAAAAAUUCCAUCCUGACAUUAUGGGAGAAAAGGGACACGAUAAGUUUGUAAUACUGCAAGAAGCUUACAAUAUUCUCAGUAAGGAACACACCAGGAGGGAAUACGACAUGACUUUAAAAUAUAAAACUCGUUCAUCAUUUUCUUCGAACACUUAUCGAAGUACAAAACAUAAUCCUUAUCAUGUAUACAAAUCACGUAGAGAAUGGGAAGAAAGAAUGGCAAGAGGACAAUGGGAACCAUAUGACAGAAAUAUUAAUCGCAAAGGACAAAAAUCAAUAAAUUAUCAAUUGCUAAUGUACGCUGCAUUUGGAGUUAUAUGUGUAAUUUGUCAAUUGUUAAUGGUGAAUCAAGGAACAACGAGAAUCAAUUUAAUUCGAACGAAAUAUCAACGUGAUUUUAAGGAAAGGCAGGAAAAUGAUGAAAGACUUAGGAGGGAAAAAAUGAAUUUCAAGAAGAAAAAUACGAGGUUGACCGAAGAAGAGCAAAGUAAAACAGAAUUUAAUGACAAAUAAGAUACUUUCGUCAAGAUUAUUAUGAAAUUUGAAACGUAUAUUUUGAUUGUUUUUAUUCAUUUCACGUUAUUGAGUAGUCAUUCAGAUAAUCUAUUUGUUUUAUUUAUCAAAUGGAAGAAAUUUUUAAAAAUUGACCUGUGCAAGGCCUGAUGUUUUACAGAUAUCUUUGCAAACAAAUUUUUGAAAUCAUUUUACGAUCAAUUAUAUCUAAUUCGUUUUGCUUUAUUUACUUGUUUUUAUAAUUUAAUAAAUU